AUGGAUCGAAGCUCUCCCGAAUGGGAUCUCGACAGCGACGAGAUCGCAUCCGUUACAUCCCAAGAUCUACACGAUAACCGACCAAACCGAUGGUCAGGAACCCAGAGAACAUGGCAGCGCUUGACGGCGGAGGAGCGGCGGCUCUGGCAAUCGAUGGAGGCUGUCGAAGGUCAAGAUUUGGCGAUUCACUUGUAUAACGCAUAUGCGUUGAAGAGGCGCGGAAGAGAUUCUCAAACUGCGCAGGAUGUUACGGUUACCUUGGAAAACGGAGAGCAGGGCAUAUGGGCACCUCCUCGAGUUUGGACAGCGUGGCCGUUGAACGAAAGUCGUGUCCCGCAGCAGAAGCACAUUCGGAGAGAAGAUGAAGAUGGGUAUGGAAGAUUUACAUUUCGCAAGGCGGAGCGACGGAUGCCUAGCUCUGAGCUGCAUGAGGAGCUGGGAGCGACGAUAUUGAGGCUGGCUGGGGAGCGUUUUCACAAAAGCAAGGCGAGAGAGCAGAGAAAAACCGUGCUUGCUUCUAUCGAAGCAGAUGUGACGCCUUUGAAUCAAGGCGAAUCUCAGAGAGAAGGCCAAGACACAUCCGGUGUAUUAGGUCCAUCUUCUGAGGAUGAGAAAAUGAUGCUUGAUGAUGAGGGGGGCGAAGAUGAGGCAGCACUACCAAAAAGAAAGAAGGAAGAGAUACCAGGGACAAAGGAACCUGUUAUGUCUUCCAACGACGAUUUAUCUUACGAAAUCAUUCGACCAUCUGUUCGACACAUACUUUCACAGCUAGACUCGACCUUACAGAUCCUCCACAACGCCCGCAUCGCCACCACAAACUAUGCAUCCGAUUCUUCAGCAACCUCCGACUCGGAAUCUGAUGCCCUUUCCGGCCCCAAGCGUGGCCGUGGCCGCCCUCGCAGCACUCACCUCACAGGGACAGAAACCUCGCCUCAUCCAGACGGCGCCAUCACACCGAAAGCUAGCAAAAGAGGCCGUCCACGAAAAGUCCACAUCCCUCACGAAGGCGAGACGCACGAAGAGAUGCUUAUUCGCAUCGCACGCCAAUCCCACAGAAGACUCCCGACAGUAGCACAAGACAGAGACGCAGCAUUUGAGGAAUGGCUUCGUCAGGGCGAUGAGAGGCUGGCGCGCGAAGAGGCCCUCCUUAGAGAGGAGGAAGAGCUGGGCAUCGAGCCGCAGGACAGCGCCCAAGAGAGGCGGCUUCGCAGGCUCGGUCUCCGCGACUGGAGCGACGUUGUUGGCGCCGCUGCCCUGGCAGGCUUCUCGCCUCAGGUCAUUGCCCGGACGGCAAAGCGAUGCGCUAAUCUAUUUGGCCAAGGCAUGGUGAUGAGGCGUCUGGACGAGGCGCCUGCCUCUAGAGCACCGGCCUUUCACACGAUGGAGUACCGGCCGGAGAAGAUCAAGCUCGGCUCGGACGAAGAUUCAGAUUCAGAUAGCCAAGCGGGUGCCGCCACUGCUGCUUCAUCUCGCAACACGCUCUCUCGCCAGGCGUCGCUGGCCCGCCUCUCAAGCCGCGGCCGUAGUUCGUCCCCUUUCCGCGGCUGCUCCUCGCCUCACUCAGCGUCCUCCGCCUUCGGUACACCUAGGAACGGAACGCCUAGGAAUCGCUCGCAGUCAAAAUCCCGAUCGAGGUCCCGCUCCUCGGCAGGCUUCCACCUUUGCCCGGUCCCUACGUGCGAGCGCUCGGCUACGGGCUUCACGAGGAGACAGAAUCUGCGGCGGCAUAUGCAGCUUGUGCAUCCUGGGCGGGGAGACGAGGAUGAGGAGUGGGAUAGUGAGGACGAGAUGCUCGGAGCGGUGCAUGUGGAUGGAUUCUUGAAGCCGAUUAAUCCUGCUAGGGGGUGGAGGGAGAGCGUGGCAGCGAGUUCAUUGGUAAUUAGGAAAAGAGGGCGAGAGAGGCGGACGGGAGAAGAUGACGAUGACGACGACGAUUAUAAUAGGGGAUCUUGA